AUGGGAAUACCACUUUUCAUUUAUUCAACAACUUUUGUUUCAUCAAAAUCUGGUGCCCAAAAAAUUCUAGAAACUGUGGAAACUGUAUCAUCUCCAAGAGUAGAAACUUAUAUUGUUGAAGAUGGAAAAAGGAGUAAAGUAGUUUCUACAAAAUCUGGUGGACAAACAAUUCUAGAAACGGUAAAAACUGCAUCAUCAUCUCCGAGAGUAGAAACUUAUAUUGUUGAAGACGGAAAAGGGAGUAAAGGUGCACAAAGGGUGAUAGAAACUGUGGAGACAAUAGGAUCGUCUCCAAUAAUAGAAACUUACAUUAUCGAAAAUGGAAAAAGGAGUAAAGUUUCGACCAAAUCUGGUGGCGACAAAAUAGUGGAAACUAUUAGGUCUGGUCCAAUUGUCGAGAGUUAUAUUGUGCAGGAUGGUUCUGCCUCAACAGAAAGCAAAAAAAGUAUGAAACAAUCAAGUAACAUUAAAGAAACAGUUGUGUCGAGUCCUACGACAGUAAUAGAAUAUUAUGAAUCCCAUGAUGGGGUUUCUGGAACAUCUAAUAUUAAGGGAAAAUAUAGCAUAAAAGCUUCAAAAGCACCAGGAUCUGGUGAAGUUACUACUUAUGUUGUACAGGACGAAUUCAGUAAGCAAAAUGGUAAAGGUUCCAAACAAAAUGGUACCAGAAGAAGCAAAAAGAACAAACAAGUAACGCCUAAAAUAAGAUAAUAUAUAUUAAAAAGAUUUGCCAAAAUACUAACUAUUAUUAUUAUAUCGACAAUAAUUCAACUAUUUAUUAAACUGGAUGAUUUGUUUAAACUCACAAAGGACU